CCACACAAACACCCAAAGGACUUCCAUCAAUAGGGCAAAGCAUGGCGCAUUUCUACAUCACCCUUUUGCUACUCUUCGUCUCCUUCGUAACCCUCUCCUUCUUCGUCCUUUUCUAUAAGAACCGCUCCAAUUAUUCCGCUGGAAACCUCCCUCCCGGCCGCCACGGCUUGCCGUUCAUCGGUGAGACUCUAGAGUUCCUCUCCACCGGAUGGAAAGGCCACCCGGAGAAAUUCAUAUUCGAUCGCAUGGCCAAAUACUCAUCCCAAAUCUUCAAAACCAGCAUCCUCGGCGAACCCGCCGCCGUCCUCUGCGGCGCGGCGGGAAAUUAGUUUCUGUUCUCCAACGAGGAUAAGCUCGUGACGGCGUGGUGGCCGAGCUCCGUCGAUAAAAUCUUCCCCUCGUCGUUGCAAACAUCGUUGAAGGAGGAAUCGAAGAAGAUGAGGAAACUCCUCCCGCAGUUCUUGAAGCCGGAGGCGCUGAUGAGGUACAUCGGAAUAAUGGACGCCAUCGCGGACGCACACUUCGCUUCGCAAUGGGAGAACGAAGACCGAGUACUCGUCUUCCCGUUAGCGAAGAAAUACACUUUCCUCAUCGCCUGCCGGCUGUUUUUGAGCAUCGAGGAUCCGAGCCACGUUUCGAAAUUCGAAGCGCCGUUCCAGUUAUUAGCUGCCGGAAUCAUUUCGCUGCCAAUUGACCUUCCUGGAACGCCGUUUAACAGAGCCAUUAAGGCGUCGAAUUUCAUCCGGAGAGAGCUCUUGAAGAUCAUCAAGCAAAGGAAAGUCGAUCUCGCAGACGGCAAGGCGUCGCCGACGCAAGAUAUAUUAUCGCACAUGUUGUUGACGACCGACGAGGACGGCCAAUUCAUGACGGAGAUGGAUAUCGCCAACAAGAUUCUCGGGUUGUUGAUCGGCGGCCAUGAUACUGCCAGUGCUACUUGCACUUUCAUCGUUAAAUAUCUCGAGGAGCUUCCUCACAUAUAUGAACUGGUUUACAAAGAACAAAUGGACAUAGCAAACUCAAAAGCUCCUGGUGAAAGAUUAAGUUGGGAAGACAUUCAAAAGAUGAGAUAUUCAUGGAACGUUGCUUGUGAGGUGCUGAGACUUGCCCCACCAUUACAAGGUGCCUUUAGGGAAGCCAUCAAUGAUUUCAUCUUCAAUGGCUUCUCCAUCCCAAAGGGUUGGAAAUUGUAUUGGAGUGCGAAUUCGACUCACAGGAAUCCUGAAUGCUUUCCAGAACCGUUAAAGUUCGACCCGACGAGAUUCGAAGGAAAAGGUCCGGCACCCUACACGUUUGUUCCGUUCGGCGGCGGUCCUCGGACGUGCCCCGGGAAGGAAUACGCUCGACUUGAGAUACUCGUGUUCAUGCAUAACAUUGUGAGGAGGUUUAAAUGGAAGAAGUUGGUGGGUGAUGAGAAGAUCAUUGUUAAUCCCAUGCCUAUGCCUGCAAAGGGUCUUCCGGUUCUCCUUUUCCCUCACAAAGCUUAAGUUUUAGCUUUUAACUUCAUUAUUCCCAAAAGGCUUAAAAUAAAAAUAUAUACUCAAAGUUGACUUUUACUGUCCAAAGAAUUUUUCAUUAGAAAUAUGUGUCUAAUGUUUUCUCUGAUAUACUUUUAGAUGUCUACUGUUAAAAAAAAAUCUGUUAAGUGACACAUGUCAUGUUCAUAUUUUUUAUUUUAAAAAAUAUAAACGUGAACAUAUCACUUAACGUUUUUAUUAACAGGAAGC